CUUUCACAACACGAAAGUCAUCUUUUUGUCUCCCGCCCUCCGAACUUUCAAAACCGUCUUCCACUCAGAAGGAAGGAACCAUUAUCGCCGGAAAUGGGUUGUGUUUCGUCCAACUUGCUCAACCAGGAGGACGAGUUUUCCCAACUCGGUGGUUCCGCAUUUGGCCACCACAUUGUGUCCCUCACUUCCAGCACCUAUGGCCUCCUCACUCUCGAUCCGCCGCAGUCUGCAACCACGCCGCCCACUCCUCAGCCCCGCAUCACUCUCGUCUCUACCCCCGAGCCCAAAUCUCUCUGGUCUGACCCUCGGCCGAUGCCGUCCAGGCCGGAGGUAAUCAACUCCUGGGAGCUUAUGUCCGGCCUUGAUGCUGACAGUUUCCGUUUCUCUCCGUUACUAAAUAAAGAGAAUCACAACCGUAUUUUGAGCAAAAUCGAUGGCGUUUCUAGACCGCCGUUUGCUCGAUCUCGAUCUUCGCUGCUGGAUAAAUUCGAGGCUGACAGUUUCCGAUUUCCAACUACCGUUACCGACAAAGAAAAUGCAAACCCCAAUUCGAACAGAAACGGCAACGUUCCGGCACCCUUCUCCCUCUCGCCGCUGGUGGAGAAGUUCGAUUCUCAAAUCGACAACGUUUCUGGACCGUUACCGGCUAGCAAUCCCUCUUCUUCAAUACUUGAGAAGUUUGAAAAGUUGUGCCCGCCGAACGGGGAAAACAGAGUCGUGAUCUACACUACGACGUUGCGAGGUGUGCGGAAGACCUUCGAGGAUUGCAAUGCGGUAAGGGCGGCGAUAGAGAAUUAUGGAAUCUUGAUCUGCGAAAGAGACAUAUCUAUGGAUCGCGGAUUUAAAGAAGAGCUAAGGGAAUUGAUGAAAGGGAAAGAGAAGGAAGCAAUGAAUCCAUUCACGCCGCCGCGGGUGUUUGUGAAGGGGAGGUACAUUGGCGGAGCAGACGAGGUGAUGCGUAUUGUGGAGGAAGGGUGGUUCGGAGAAUUGCUGAAAGGCCUGCCAAAGAAGAGAGCAGGGGAGGUUUGUGAAGGUUGCGGGGAUGUGAAGUUCUUACCGUGUUUACAGUGUAACGGGAGCUGCAAGAUGGUUGUAGUUGUGAGCGAGGAGGAGGCGAGAAGAACGGUGGUCGUGAGAUGUGAUGAGUGCAAUGAGAACGGGCUUGUGCUUUGCCCCAUUUGUAGCUGAGCUGCCUCGGCCCACUGGUAUUUCUGAUCUUGUCCUUUAAAUGUUUGAUGUUAUGCCAAAGUGAAAUGAUGGUCCUGUUUGCUGCAGGAUUGGUUAAUCUAUAUAGUGCUAUAUGUUUUACUUCUUUUCCUGGCAUUCUCUUUAGUUUUUCCUUGGUAAUUCAUAAUGCACAGGAAUUAGCUGCAUA